ACGUCGUCGGGACGGGGCAGCCGGAGCGGCAGCAGCGGCAGGGGCGGCGGCUGGGGCUCGGCGGCGCUCGUGGGACCCCAUUGGGGGAAUUUGAUCCUAGGAAGCUGUGAGAUUGCCGGGGGAGGAGAAGCUCCCAGAUCAUUGUGUCCAGUUCCAGGGGGGAGGAGGAGACGGCGGCGCGGGCCUCUCGGCGUCCUUGGCACUGCUGCGCCCUGCCCCGUCCUGCCGGGAUCAUGGUCUGCGGCAGCGCGGGAGGGAUGCUGCUGCUGCGGGCCGGGCUGCUCGCCCUGGCGGCGCUCUGCCUGCUCCGCGCGCCCGGAGCCCGGGCUGCAGCCUGUGAGCCCGUCCGCAUCCCCCUGUGCAAGUCCCUGCCCUGGAACAUGACCAAGAUGCCCAACCACCUGCACCACAGCACCCAGGCCAACGCCAUCCUGGCCAUCGAGCAGUUCGAGGGGCUGCUGGGCACCCACUGCAGCCCCGACCUGCUCUUCUUCCUCUGUGCUAUGUACGCGCCCAUCUGCACCAUUGACUUCCAGCACGAGCCCAUCAAGCCCUGCAAGUCUGUGUGCGAGCGGGCCCGGCAGGGCUGUGAGCCCAUCCUCAUCAAGUACCGCCACUCGUGGCCCGAGAGCCUGGCUUGCGAGGAGCUGCCGGUGUACGACCGCGGCGUGUGCAUCUCUCCCGAGGCCAUCGUCACCGCGGACGGAGCGGAUUUUCCUAUGGAUUCUAGUAAUGGAAACUGUAGAGGGGCAAGCAGUGAACGCUGCAAAUGUAAGCCUAUUAGAGCUACACAGAAGACCUAUUUCAGAAACAAUUACAACUAUGUCAUUCGGGCUAAAAUUAAAGAGAUAAAGACCAAAUGCCAUGAUGUGACUGCUGUAGUUGAGGUGAAGGAGAUUCUAAAGUCCUCUCUGGUAAACAUUCCAAGAGACACCGUUAACCUGUAUACCAGCUCUGGCUGCCUGUGUCCUCCACUUAAUGUUAACGAGGAGUAUAUCAUCAUGGGCUAUGAAGACGAGGAACGCUCCAGAUUACUGUUGGUAGAAGGUUCUAUUGCUGAAAAAUGGAAGGAUCGACUUGGUAAAAAAGUUAAGCGCUGGGAUAUGAAGCUACGUCACCUUGGACUGAACAAAAGUGAUUCUAGCCAUAGUGAUUCUACACAGAGUCAGAAGUCUGGCAGGAACUCGAACCCCCGGCAAGCACGCAACUAAAUCCUGAAAUGAAGAAAGAACAUUAGUGGACUUCCUGUUAAGACUUGUAUUGCUGGACUAGCAAAGGAAAAUUGCACUAUUGCACGUCAUACUCUAUUUUUUACCACAAAGCUCACGUGGUAGCUGAUAUUAUUUCUAUUUUCUCUUUUGUGUUCUGCUUUUCUCUUUCCUCCCCUCACUCCCUUUAUUGUGGUCUGGGUGCAGAUCCUUAAAUAUAUUAUAUGUAUUCUGUUUCACUAAUCACGGGAAAACUGUUCUUUGCAAUAAUAAUAAAUUAAACAUGUUGAUACCAGGGCCUCUCUGCUGGAGUAAAUGUUAAUUUGCCGCUCUGCACUCAGAUUGGGAAUGCAAUAUUGGAUACAAAGAGAGAAAGCUAAAUAAGCUGUACAAUAUACUCCGCUGAUCUAAUUACAGCCUCAUUUUCACAUGCCUUUUGGGCAUUCUCCUUAUGCUUAGAAAGUCCUACAUGUUUAUGAAGGUAAAAUAGCAGUUUGAAAUCAAAUGCCACAUAGGCAAAGCAAUCAAGCACCAGGAAGCAUUUAUGAGCAAAAGACACACAAGAUGAAUGAUUUGCAAGAUUGGCAGGAAGCAAAAUAAAUAGUGUGAGGAGUAAGGGAAAGAACAUUUUGCCUGAUUGAGAAGCACAACUGAAACCAGUAGCUGGUGGGGUGUUAACAGCAGCAUUUAUCUUUUGGCAAUACCCUUGAUUUGUUUAUGAAUACAUAUAUUAGUCAGCAUUAGGGAAGUAAAUCACAGCUAGACAUCUGCCGUUACCUACACAACACUGUUUAAUUUUAAAUAAACCCGUUGGCAUGAGUCUUUUUUUUCCUUUGUUUAAAAAUGACUUGCUGCAUGGACCAAGAAAAGGAAGUAUGUAUGUAUGUACACCAGAGUGUUAUUUUAAAAAGGUAUGUAGCUCUAUAAAGUGCUGUAGUUCGCAGGAUGGUAAAAUGUGCAAGGUUCCUGUGUGCGUGUCCGCGCAUGCACACUCAGCCGGACUGGAUUCAGGCUUAUGCACUGGGCUGUAUUUUAUCAUUUGGAUUGGUGCCGUUUAAUGCUUAGUAAAAUAUAUAUAAUAGAAGGAAUUAUGGUUGUCAGGAGAGAGGCUACUCUGACUUUUGAGACAAAUGCCCCUUCUUGUCGCUCAAGUGCCAUCCCCAAGGACCAUGGGGAACAAAUGAUGCUUUUGUCUCCUUCCUUCAGUGGGAUUCUUUAGAGCCUGUGCCAAUCAUUGGAAAGUCUCAUUCCCUUCCAUUUUCAUGUUUGGUAUUAGUAGAACCAAAUUUCUAGCUAUACUAUGCUGAAAAUAAAACACUUACCGAGCUUUAAUUGUGCUGUUUUCUUCUAUAAGGACGAU